AUGGCCUUCACAGACCUGCUGGAUGCCCUGGGUGGCGUGGGCCGCUUCCAGCUGGUCUACACAGCCCUGCUGCUGCUGCCCUGCAGCCUGCUGGCCUGCCACAACUUCCUGCAGAACUUCACGGCCGCCGUGCCCCCCCACCACUGCCGAAGCCCCGCCAACCACACUGCGGCUGCCACCAAUGACUCGGGGGCCUGGCUGAGGGCCACAGUGCCCCUGGACCGGCUUGGGUCCCCCGAGCCAUGCCAGCGCUUCACAGAACCUCAGUGGGCCCUCCUGAGCCCCAACACCUCCGUCCACAGGGUGGCCACGGAGGGCUGCAGGGACGGCUGGGUCUACGACCGCAGCAUCUUCCCAUCUACCAUCGUGAUGGAGUGGGAUCUGGUGUGUGAGGCCCGCACCCUCCGCGACCUGGCUCAGUCCAUCUACAUGGCCGGGGUGCUGGUGGGCGCCGCUGUGUUUGGCAGCCUUGCAGACAGGCUGGGCCGCAAGGCCCCCCUGGUCUGGUCAUACCUGCAGCUGGCGGUUUCGGGGGCGGCCACGGCGUACUUCGGCUCCUUCAGCACCUACUGCGUCUUCCGGUUUCUGAUGGGCAUGACCUUCUCCGGCAUCAUCCUGAACUCCCUCUCUCUGGUCGUGGAGUGGAUGCCCACCCGGGGCCGGACCGUGGCAGGGGUCCUGCUGGGCUACUCCUUCACCUUGGGUCAGCUCAUCCUGGCCGGAGCGGCAUACCUGAUCCGCCCCUGGCGGUGGCUGCAGUUGGCUGUCUCUGUUCCUUUCCUCAUCUUUUUCCUCUAUUCUUGGUGGCUGCCAGAGUCAUCCAGAUGGCUCCUCCUUCAUGGCAAGUCCCAGCUAGCAACGCAGAACCUGCGGAGGGUGGCUGUGAUGAACGGGAGAAAGGAGGAAGGGGAGAGGCUGACCAAGGAGGUGGUGAGCUCCUACAUCCAGAGUGAGUUUGCAAGUGUUCGCACCUCCAACUCGGUCUUGGAUCUUUUCCGAACCCCAGCCAUCCGUAAGGUCACGUGCUGUCUCAUGGUGGUCUGGUUCUCCAACUCCCUGGCUUACUACGGCCUGGCCAUGGACCUGCAGAAGUUUGGGCUCAGCGUAUACCUGGUGCAGGUCCUGUUCGGGGUCAUAGACAUCCCGGCCAUGCUGGUGGCCACCACCACCAUGAUUUAUGUCGGCCGCCGGGCCACAGUGGCUUCCUUCCUCAUCCUGGCCGGACUCAUGGUGAUCGCAAACAUGUUUGUGCCGGAAGAUAUGCAGACCCUGCGCACCGCCCAGGCGGCCCUGGGCAAAGGCUGCCUGGCCAGCUCCUUCAUCUGCGUGUACCUGUUCACGGGAGAGUUGUACCCCACGGAGAUCAGGCAGCUGGGGAUGGGCUUCGUCUCUGUCAACGCGCGCCUCGGUGGCCUGGCGGCGCCCCUGGUCACCAUGCUCGGGGAGUUCAGCGCUGUCCUGCCGCCCGUGGGCUUCGGGGCCACCUCGAUCCUGGCCGGGCUGGCCGUCUGCUUCCUGGCUGAGACCCGCAACGUGCCGCUUGUGGAAACCAUCGAGGCGCUGGAGAGGAGGGUCAAGGAGGGACUUUCCAGGAAGGAGGCAGAAGAGAAAGGUGAAGAAAUUUCUCUUCAGCAGCUGGGAGUUUCUCCCCUUAAAGAAACCAUCUAA